AUGACGCAACAAGAUUCCCAACCUCAACCUGAACCUCCACCCAACGAUCUCAAAUUCAAGUGCCAGACACUCGCCGACGACGACGAUCCUCCAGAAAUCACCGUACUCGAUUACGCACCGGAAUCCUUCUGGCUCUCAAAAGACGCUGAAUUCGACUGGUUCGAUCGCAACGCCUUCUUAAACCGAAACGAAUCAAUCAAAGGAAACUCUAAUCCGAUCGUGAAUCCGAUCAUAACUCCGAGUCCGUCGAACACAACUGCAAGUUCAUUACAGAUAUCGGCGUUUUUGAAAUCGAACGCAGCGCAGAAGAAGACGAUUUACGUCGAUUCGAAACGGAGAAACUGUAAACUUGCGAAUAUUUUGUUGUUUCCGAAACGAUCGGAUUCUAUUGGUAAAGAGCCGGUUGAACCGUCGUCUCCGAAGGUGUCGUGUCUCGGUAGAGUUAGAUCGAAGAGUUGUCAUCGGCGCCGGAAGUUGAAUAGACCGGCCGGUGAACCGGAAAAACCGGUUCGAGUGCAGAAAACCGGAUUUAUAUCUUGUUUACGGUUGUUAUUCGGAUCUGGUUGUUAUGGCGGUAGAAAAAGUAACAGAUUAGUGACGGAAGUUAACGGAGCGUCGGAAUAUUCGAGAAGAAAGAAUGUGACCGGUGAUAUGUUUAACGGGGAACCGGAAGUGACGAUUGACCGCCGGUUUUAG